CUCCAUAUACUACAGUAUUAUCUUGAAUGCUCGAUAUAAAUUUAGCUAUGCAAUUCAAUCUAGACACAACAAAAGUUCAUAUUUAUUAUGUAGACAGUGUCAUGCAUGGAAAUAACACAUUAGGUCGAAAACGAUAAAAACGUUUAGUUUAUGAACGCACUAUUUAGAUAUUUUGACAAACGUGGAUUUAACCUGUAGCUUAUCAUUUAGCCAAGUUAUGCACUGUACACACAGUAGCUACAGCGGUAUGGUAGACACCGAUAUAAAGACCAACGCUCGUUUGUUUAUUUUACGGUCUACAAAUAUUUAUUGCGUCAUUUGUUGUAUUUUAAAACGCUAAAGGGUAAAACCAUCUUAAAUUCUACGCAUCUUGGGUUAUUGUAGGGUGGCUAACGCUAGCUUAAAACAUUCCAACUUUAUUAUUAAGGGUCUAAUGUUAUGUUGAAUGAGACGACGUUAUGUUUACCCCGAGAACCUCUAGGAGAGCUGUCGCUGCGAACGAGUAAGAUAAAAAUAAUAACUAUUAAUAGUCGAGUGCAAUCUGACACGCUCAUACAGUAAGCUAGCUAAAACUCGAGUGCAGCUAACGUAGCUAGUCCACAUGUAUAGCUUGCAACGCUAGCCCUUAAUGUAUUUGCAAUAAUAUUGAUAAUAUUGGCGAAUCCCGACAUAAACAGUAGCAUGCCUCACUACAGUGUAACCCGCCAAUAGAUAAUUGGGUUAACAUAACUGGUCAAAACAGGCUCGUGAUCAUCUCGCCAAGACUGCUAACAUUUGCUAAACUAGCUAACUCGUUAGCCUAGCCAGCGCACGACCGAGGCGUUAGCCCAGAAUUCGGUUUGACGGGUGGGGAGUCCAAACAGCCGUGAGGUGAACUCCGGUGUGCCGCAGUUCGCUUGCAAAUACGACCGCGGUUUUGGAAACCACAAGUAAAGGGACACACGCUUUUCCUCUGUCUACUGUCAAUUCCUCAAAAUGGGGUCUGCUAACGUACGUCUCCGCCAUUUUGUGACAGGUUUUUCAUUGAGCAAAGGGGUACGUGUAAUGGUUGAAUGUAACCCCAUCAAGAAGAAGAUAUCCGCUUGGCAGUUACAGGGAGAAGGGAUCAGGGGUAAUUUCCAACCAUCCCGUGAGAUAAAAGUCGUUUUGAAGUGGUCAGCAAGGGACAGGGGUAGUAUAGUUUCCGCCAACAAAUUGCACCAUGCUAAAAAACUUUAACAACUAAAAUAAUCAAGACGCUUUUUUUUACACAUUUUAAGUAUUUCAUCAUAUAUAGAUACCGGUGGGUAGAUAUAAUAGUUUAGAUGUCUGAAAUUCAUCAACAUUAUAGCAGAAGAAACUAGUAAGUAGAAACUAGGCCAAAUUGUCCCACAGUCAGCCAUAAUUUGUAAGCUUGCACAAUUUGUAUCAUGAUUUUAGAGUUCCCACAUCUGUUGCACACAGGUGUCAAAAUUAUUUUAGUAAGUCACAACAAAUUUAUUUUGAACACUCAACCACAGAGCACAUACUCACGAAUGCAAUAAAGUUAUUUAUUAUUAUUAUUAUUAGCUGGAACAAGAAUUUGUUUUAAUUCUUUAUUAAACAAAUAGUAGUUUAUUGAAGUGUUAUAAGGGUUUACAAUAUACUCACUUUGAAGGCAGAAAUACAUUUCUAGUUGUAUCAACCUGGGAAAAAUCACAUUAUGCCAGUAACAACAUAGGGUUGCUCUCUAAUACAAGACUGAUAAUGAUAGAGCUACUUUAAUUAGUGUUACCCCCUCCCCCAUGAGACAUAACGAAGUGCCUCCUGACCCGUUUUCCUUACAGAGAGCGGAGUUGUCAGACGGUCCCUAAAAAAGAAAACAGUCUCUAUUGUUCCAGCACCCGCUCAGCUUUGGUCGGUGCAGUUCCGCAUAUGGCCACAGAGGGCGCUGCACGCAUGGCAGGCCGGGCUCCGCGGCCUUCACAUCUUUUUGUCUGAGAACUGGAUCCCUCUGCCGCUCUACAGUGUGUGCGAUAGCCUCGGAGCUGCGUCCGUAACACACUGUCAAACCACUCCAGACGAAUACAACCGCGAUCAAAAGCGUUUAUUCAACACAUUCUGCCAUGGCGUUCCUAAUCUGUCGCUUCGCGAAUGACUGAGCGCCGGCGGAGUAUGGGAUCCUUGGUGUCUUAGGAAGCAACUGAAGUGGGGUUAAACCGUUUUUGCAUGCAAAAACAAUGGCAAAUUCGACGGGGAAAAAUCUACUAGAUCAGCGAAGGAAAGGACAGGCUUUCCUGGACGAGCUGCGGCAAUUUCACCAAAGCAGAGGAUCGCCGUUCAAGAACAUUCCUAUCGUGGGUGGGAAAGAGCUGGAUCUGAAUGCUCUCUACAUCAGAGUCGUCUCAUUAGGUGGAUUUGCUAAGGUCUCCGACAAAAGCCAAUGGAUUGAACUUGGGGAAGAGUUUAACUUUCCGAAGAGUUGUUCCAACGCUGCAUUUGCUUUAAAACAGUACUACCUUCGAUACUUAGAGAAGUAUGAGAAAGUCCAUCACUUCGGCGAGGAUGACGAAGAAUCGCAGCCGGGGAAUCCCAAAGCCUCUCUUCCAGUCGGUGCAAUUCCCAACACGUACAACUACCAGCAACACAUUGUAUCAGACUAUCUCCGCCAAAGCUAUGGUCUUUCUACGGAUUUCGUUCCACCGUGCGACUACCACAAACUGGUGCUGUCUCUCCUUUCGGGCCUACCCAAUGAAGUGGACUUCGCUGUUAACGUUUGCACUCUGCUUUCCAAUGAGAGCAAGCAUGCCAUGCAGCUGGACAAGGACCCUAAACUGGUCACACUGCUGCUGGCACACGCCGGUGUCUUCGAUGACUCGCUAGGCAGCUUCUCUGGGGUGUUCGGGGCAGACUGGAAAGAGAAAACAUCGCGGGAUUUUGUCAGGUUUUGGAAGGAGGUAGUUGAAGACGCUGAAGUCAGGGAGCUGAUCUGGGACAAGAGCAGUCCGGCACAAGACGGUACAUCGUGUGAGCAGCGUUGGCAGAGCCUCUUCCACCCGCCGCGGAAUCUGGGUAUAAGUGACAUGGAGGCCCAGCGGGUGCUGCAGAUUGCCGUCAUCCUGCGAAACCUCUCCUUUGAGGAGGCCAACGUUAAGCUGCUGGCGGCCAACCGAACGUGCCUGCGCUUCCUUCUGCUCUGUGCCCACUGUAACCUCAUCUCACUCCGACAGCUUGGACUCGACACAUUGGGCAAUGUGGCGGCCGAGCUCCAGCUGGAUCCUGUUGACUUUCGGACGACCCAUCUGAUCUUUCACACCAUCACCAAAUGCUUGAUGUCCAGGGACCGGUUCCUUAAAAUGAGAGCCAUGGAGAUACUGGGCAACCUCAGUAAGGGAGAGGACAAUGGCGUGCUAAUUUGCGAGUAUGUGGACCAGGACUCGUACAGGGAGGUAAUGAUGCUCCUCACCCUGCCUGACCUCAUGCUUCUCAUGGCCUCCUUGGAGGUGCUAUACCUCUUGGCCCAGCUUGGGGAGGUGCCCUGCAGCAAGAUCGCGUCUGUCGACCGCAGCAUUGACCUAUUAGUACGAUUGGUAUCAGUCGACCUUCAUACAUUUGGACCAGACGCCCUAACAGCAGUCCGGCUGAUUGAGCAUCAGGCCAAUGCCGAACAAGCAGCUGAAGUUCGGCCACAGCUAGUAGAGCAGGUACCUGCAGCCGUGCAGGGAGCACCUGCACCUGCAACAAGGCUCCCAGUUCAGUCCACUCAACCACCACCUGGUAUAGUUGAACUAGAUGGGGAGAAAUUUACACUGCAGUGGCUAAACGCACACUUUGAGACACAACCAGAAGGGACGGUGUCUCGAUCGGAAAUGUAUUCUGAUUACUUGGCCACAUGUAGUAAAAUGGGACGAAGCAACAUUUUAAACUCUACUGGCUUCCUUAAAUGUCUGCGAACUGUGUUCCCGAACCACACAAUGCGACGGCAAGACGAACCCAAGGCUAAUAGCCAGGUUCAGAUCCUCCUGGUGGGGCUGAGGCGGAGGUCGAUCCCCCUGCCCAUCCAGCUAUACUACCAGCAGCAGCAUCAGAACCCAGCAGCUGCUCCCUCACCUUCAGUAGCCCGACAUGAAGCACCAGGAGACCCUCAGGCGCCACCUCCAGGCCUCCCUCCAGGACAUCCCAGCGUUCCACCCCAGUUUGUCCGCGGCCCAGGUCCAAACCUCAGUCUGGGUAGUGCUGCCCCAUCGGUGCCCUUGACUGUACAGGAACCUUCUAAUGCAAACCACCCGACUGUUUAUCGCCACCCGGUGCCCCCGCAGGUGCCUCCGCAGUUACCACCAAACCCUCUGUCAGGAGCACAGCAGCAACAGACAUCGGUUCGACCUGGUCCCAUGGUUCAAAUUCCUGCAUCAAUACCGGUCACCCAGAACCACAGCCCCCAGAACUCUGCUGUACCUCUUGCGGCUCAGCAGCAACAACACUCCCCCAUGCUCCCCACAGGGACACCCGUCACACUAUUUCAACAGGUACCACAGGGCCAUAUCCUUACAGCCAGGGUACAAGGUGUUUGCCCUCCAAUCACACAGCAUUCUCCCCUUCCUCAAACCCCUCCCCCAUCUGGACCUCAGUGUGGAUCCCUCCAUGUGGAUCCUGCAUCACCGGCUCCCACCUCAAUCUCGAUGGCUGGUGGUCCGGCAUUAAGUGUACCCAAUUCUCAAGGGUCACGUGUCACAUUUCAAAAUAUUGCCCCCAAACCAGCACCUAACCAGUCAGGUGGACUAGCAGCCACGAUAGCCCCGCCGAACCAGCAGCAGGCGCAGAGUGUGGUUAUAGUGAGUCCUAACCCCCAGCAGAGCCCAGCCUACACCCCUGCCAUACACCAGAUUGUUCUUGCCAACCCUUCUGCUAUUGCCGGUGCUCAGUCUAUCCAAAUAGCAGGACAGCCUGCAGCUGCUUCCACCCCUUGUCCACCUCCUCUGUGUCCUUCAAAUACACAAAUCCAACCCAGUCAAACUGUCAGCCACGCACUGUCCGUGAAACGACAGCAACAGCAGCAGCAACAGCCACCGCUCCAAAUUAUUUCUCCAACUCCUCCCUCGCAGCCUACCUCCACUGAGUCCAGCUUGAUCAAACAACUACUGCUUCCAAAGCGAGGGCCAUCUACACCAGGGGGAAAGCUCAUCCUACCAGCUCCCCAAGUCCCCCCUCCUAACAGCACCAUAACCUCUACUUCACAGGUCAUCUACCAAGCAGGCUACAGCACCCAGAAUGCCUCUCCUCAGCUUCAGCAGCUCAAUGUCCAGCUGGUACCUGGUCAGCUUCCUUCUGCAGGAGCACCAGCCCUCCAGACAGUCCAACUCUUGCCAGGCCAGCUCAUUUCCUCAAGCAGCCCGGGGGCAGCUACAAUAAUCCAGGGCCCCACAGCUGGACAAGUUACAUUCACUGUGGUCCCCAACACUGGCUUCACAACUUCUUCUGCUGCUGUUGCUGCUGUUAGCCAGGGUGCUGUAGCUCCAGGUGUUCUCCCGCCACCAUUCUCCACUGGAACAGUGACCCAUCAUGCCCCAGCAGCUCCACCACCACCGCCGCCACUGCCAGCUCCCCUCAGAGGAGACAAGAUCAUUUGUCAAAAAGAGGAGGAGGCCAAGGAUGCUACAGGGCUGCACAUCCAUGAGAGGAAAAUAGAGGUGAUGGAGAACUCCUCCUUGGCAGAAGGAGACUCCUCUAUUAGCAAAACAAGCAAUGGUAAUGUUGCGGCAGGUGCCAAGCUGCUAAAUGGUCGGAAGUGCAUGGAGUCUAAUCUACCUCCAUACCACUCAGGGAACAGCCAGGGGGCACUCAAUGGCCCAGCUACAGAAAGCCACCCUGCAAAUGGAAAGCAGGCUCUCUCUCCUGGCCUAAACACCCCUCUGGAGGGCAACCCCGACCCCAAAAAGACUCUAGUCAAUGGGGUAUGUGACUUUGAUCGGGGUGACAGUGGUGGCAACUUUAACAAAAACAUUCCAAAUCACAUUGCUUCCAAACAGUACUUGGGAAACGGGGAAGUGGGCCCCUCUGUAAAGACUCAAGGCUCAGACCCCUCCUUCUCUAGUCCUCAUCCCCCCCAGCAGGACACUGCCAAAGCCCAGCAGGCUGAACGCCUGGUCAAUGGACCCCAGGCAACAGGCAACAGGCCUCCCUCGGAAUUAACCAAUGGACCUUUGGGGCCGGGCCACGCUGUGCUAAGACAGCAACUGCUCCCCAACUCCUCCUCCGCUUUUACAGUUACCUCCCAGAGUCUUGCUGUCUCGCCUGCAAACGGAGUGGCUUCGGAGGGUCGGAGCCUCAAAAGGCCGGCCGAGAACGAAGACCGCAGUGCAGCGGCAGCGUCCUCGGGGAUCCCCAACAAAGUGGGAGUGCGGAUCAUCACCAUCAGCGACCCCAACAACGCCGGCAGCAGCGCCACCAUGGUGGCAGUGCCAGCAGGAACAGACCCAAGCACAGUAGCCAAAGUAGCAAUAGAGAACGCCACUCAGCAGAGGAACUGCUCGCCCACACAGGCAGCUGGCUCGACGCCGAUCGUAACCCCGUCCCCACCCCCUGCAUCCCAACCCGCACCCAUCGGCAACCACAGUCCUCAGCUCCCAGCACAGCACACUUCCACGGCGCCGCCAGAGGAAAGCAGGAAAGCGGGACAGAACUUCAAGUGUCUGUGGCAGUCGUGUAAACGGUGGUUUGAAACGCCGUCUCAGGUGUUUUACCAUGCAGCGACGCAACACGGAGGAAAGGAUGUGUAUGGAGGUCACUGUCUGUGGGAGGGAUGUGAACCUUUUCCUCGGCAGAGAUUGUCCUUCAUCACGCAUCUACAGGAUAAGCACUGUUCUAGGGAGGCGUUGCUGGCAGGACUUAAAGUGGAGGAACAGCAGGCACAAAGUCCCAAUCAAACUUCUUCCCAGACUCCACCAGUGGCAGGCAGUACGACACAGCGAGCACCAAAAGCAAUCGUCAAUCAUCCAAGUGCAGCUCUCAUGGCCCUACGCAGAGGCUCUCGAAACCUGGUCUUUAGGGACUUUACUGAUGAGAAAGAGGGACCAGUGACUAAACACAUAAGACUAACUGCUGCCUUAACGUUGAAGAACAUCGCCAAGCACUCUGACUGUGGUCGCAUGUUGGUAAAGAGGCAUGAGACGCACCUCUCUGUGCUUGCGCUAAGUAACAUGGAGGUCUCCACCACGCUUGCCAAAUGCCUUUAUGAACUGACGCGCACGCUCCAGGCUUAAACGCCAAAAGGCUGACCUCUAUGAACCCCCUCCACCCUGCCGCCCUAUCUCCUCUCCUGAGACGAGAGGGGAACGUGGCCACUGGUGAGCCCUAGCGGGUCCACGGGAGGAAGCAGAGGGUAGAAACUGGGACAAAAACCCUCCUUCUGCUGCACCUGCCCACCAACCCAACAGCCCUCUGUCCUCCUAGACUUCCUCCUUCACCAACCUGUGUUCAAACUCUCCUCUCCCAUCUACACACUCAAAAAAAAACUGCCACGGGGUCUUCCACCAGCUGCCCACC